ACAUCAAUGAUCAUACAAGCAAAAUAUCUCUCAGGCUAAUACUAUCAUUUCUAAUUAUACCAGUUCUCUCCCUCUACAAUUUUGUUAUUAUACCUUCUACUUCUUCAGGCUGGUAUGGUGGCUGCACAAGGUCUGUUAGGGAACGAUAUGGUGACUUCUUUGAGAAACCAAAACCGCAUGGACCUGUCCCUAACUGAAAAAGCGGCUCGGUUUUUCUUUAUUAGAUUCUUGACACAUUUUAUAUCAACCGGUUGUGUAACAAUAAUUGAAGGAGAAACGAUGAUCACAUUCAAAGGAGAGGAUUCGAGAUGUCACUUAAAAUCUGAACUAGAGAUUCACAGUCCUCAGUUUUACUGGAAGGCUAUGACACGGUCUGAUUUAGGACUUGCUGAUGCUUAUAUUAACGGAGAUUUUUCGUUUUGCAAUAAGGAAACAGGACUUUUGAAUCUUAUCAUGAUUCUCAUUGCCAACAGAGAUUUGAACUUACGUCUUGCUAAAAAUAGGGGAUGGUGGAAACCGAUGUUUCUGACUACUGGUUUAGCAUCUGCAAAGCAUUUUCUAAAGCAUUUCUAUAGGCAGAACACUUUAACUCAAGCUCGAAGGAACAUUUCACGUCACUAUGACCUUAGUAAUGAGCUUUUUGCUUUAUUCUUGGAUGAUACCAUGUCUUAUUCCUCUGCGGUAUUCAAGUCAGGUGAUGAAGAUCUGAGGACUGCACAAUUGAGAAAAAUAUAUCUUCUCAUUGAUAAGGCUAGGAUAAAGAAGAAUCAUGAGGUUUUAGAUAUUGGAUGCGGGUGGGGAACUUUGGCAAUUGAAACGGUGAGAAGAACUGGAUGCAAAUACACCGGUAUAACAAUAUCUAUUGAACAACUUAAAUAUGCAGAAGAAAAAGUGAAAGAAGCUGGACUUCAGGACCGGAUAACAUUUAAGCUCUGCGAUUAUCGCCAGCUAUCUGAUGUUCAAAAAUAUGACAGGAUUGUAUCUUGUGAGAUGCUAGAACAUGUUGGCCACGAAUUCAUGGAGACAUUUUUUAGUCAUUGUGAUGCUNCAGAAGACGGCAUUUUUGUCCUGCAGUUCAUAUCGAUACCCGAAGAACGCUACAAUGAGUACAGACUAAAUUCUGAUUUUAUAAAAGAGUACAUAUUCCCUGGUGGAUGCCUUCCUUCGUUAGCCAGAGUUACUUCAGCCAUGGCCUCUUCUUCUAGGCUAUGCAUUGAACACGUUGAGAACAUUGGGAUUCAUUACUACCAAACGUUGAGAUUGUGGAGGAAGAACUUCUUGGAUAGACAGAAACAAAUCACGGAUCUUGGAUUUGACAAUAAAUUCAUAAGGACAUGGGAAUAUUAUUAUGACUACUGUGCAGCUGGUUUCAAGACUCGUACCCUUGGAGACUACCAGGUAACACACAAACUCGAAUAAUGGGAUAUUAUUGUCCCUGCAAUCAUAUCCCAUAUAUCACGACUGUAGAGUUAUUUGUUACCUUAUCAUGCUCUGUAUAUUUUCUCCAAAUCUCUGUAAUUACUAUGCCUUGCUAACUAGGCUCUGUAACAAUAUAUAUUGGUAUUGAUACCUAAUGAUAAACACACCGAAACAUUCAUCUCCUUCUCUGAUCUUACAUGGUAUCAGAGCCUGAAACACAAAAUUUUUUCUUUUGAUAAUGAGUGAAACGACCGACACGAACCCGACCCCGACCACGGCGACUAUGGAGGUGCGACGUAAGAUCUAGCCCUACGAUCUGAGUGCUGCUGACAAUCCCGAGCUGUGAUAUCUCUCCCGUUGCUGAAAGGAACAAAAUAUGAAGAAUGGGCUUGUGGAAUCAAGACAGCUCUUUCUUCUCGCAAGAAGUUUGGCUUCUUAGAUGGAUCCAUUGCUCGUCCAGCAGAAGGAUCUCCUGAUCUCAAAGAUUGGUGGACUAUCCAAGCCUUGUUGGUGUCUUGGAUCCGCAUGACAGUAGAGCCAUCACUCCGUUCCAACAUCUCUCAUCGUGAUGUUGCGAAGGACUUGUGGGAUCAUCUGAAGAAACGUUUUUCUGUCACCAAUGGUCCACGCAUCCAACAACUCAAGGCGGAACUUGCAUGUUGCAAGCAGAGGGGUCUUGCUAUUGAGGCAUACUAUGGGAAACUGAACCGCAUAUGGGACAGCAUGGCUACUCACAGACCUUUGCGUGUUUGUCAAUGUGGCAAGUGUGAGUGCAACUUGAACUCUCUUCAAGAAAAAGACCGGGAAGAAGAUAAGGUCCAUGAUUUCUUAUGUGGUCUUGAUGAUUCUUUCAAUACGGUGAGGUCGAGCUUGGUUUCACGAACUCCGAUCCAACCGAUGGAGGAAGUGUAUAACGUUGUUCGUCAGGAAGAAGACAUGCGGACUAAUGUUACAAAGAAUGAGGCGGCUCCGGAGAUCUCUGCUUUUGCUGUUCAGCAACGACCUCGUAUAUCAUCCUCGACUCGUCCUGAACAAGCUCUCUGCAAACACUGUAAUCGUGGAGGUCACUCUUCCGAUAGCUGCUUUGCCGUGGUUGGUUAUCCAGAGUGGUGGGGUGACCGUCCUUGCAGCCGAACGAUGCAAGGUAAGAGUCGUGGUCUUCUCUCUUCUGGUCGUGGUCGUCCCAUGAGUUAUGCGAAUGUUGUCCAUGUUCCACCGGUUUCUUCUCAAGAACAUGCCAACUAUGUGAUCACAGAGAAGGAUCGUGAUGGGGUUAGCGGCUUGAGUGACGUUCAAUGGAACAAUCUUGUCAAGCUGCUGAAUGGUCGAUCCAAUAGUGGAGCUGGUCCUAGCAACGAGAAAUCAUCUGGACCGCAGUUCGAGGAUGAUGAUUGGUGCGGGUAAGCGAGACGGUGGAACCUUCCGCUUCUGCAAAACAGAGUCCGUAUCCCUUGUCACUACACAAGAAGCAAAGGAUUACACGUUAUGGCAUCAAAGGCUGGGUCAUCCGUCUGCAAGAGUAGUUGGUUCACUUCCGCAAGUUUCUGUUUCUGUUGAUUCUGAUAUUUACAAUAAGGCGUGUGAUGUCUGUUUCCACGCCAAGCAAACACGUUCUUGUUUUCCAAUAAGUACUAAUAAAACAUCAUCUGUUUUUGAAAUUAUUCACUGCGACAUUUGAGGUC